GAGUCGAAUAACUCAGGGAACUCGUUUUCCUUUAGCUCUCUCUUUCUAGGUUUUUGUUUAUAUACUUUGAGCUCUCUUACAAGCUCCUCGAGGUUUUAACCCCUUUCUUUCCUUGCACUUUCUCGCACUUUCUCGCGUUUUCUCUUCUCUGGUGGAAGCUCAUCUCAGCUAGAUCUCUGAUUAGGUGUUGUUACACUUGGAAGUUUAUGGAAGAAUACAAUCAUCAAAGCUAGUGUUUGCCUAUGUAUUCAAAAGGAUCUGGUCAAGGAGAUGGGCCAGUUUCUAGGCCUGUGCGCACAAGUGAUAGGCUUAGAAGAAGGCCAAAAGUGUAUGGCCGCCCAUAUUUGUAUUACACUCCAACCAUCAUUCGAACUAGGAAAAGCAAGACAAAGACAAGGACGGCAGCAUCUCGCAUUGCCAAAAUGUUGCGCUCAGGGGAUCGGCCAGUGCGGACUUCCAACAACAAUUCAGGCACACCCAAUCUUCGACGUUCGUCAAGAAAGAGGAGAGUUUCUGUGAAUCUUACUGGUUAUACUGACAGUUCCGGUUCAGAGGAUGAAGACAUGAUGAGACCUUCAUAUCGACCUUUGAGGAACCAGGUUGAUAACAGUGUAAGUCAAGAUGAGUUUCCUUCUCCCAAGCGUAAAAAGACUAUGGAGACUAAAGAAACUCCUCGGCGUGAAGGACUGCGCCCUCGUCGGUCAAAAGCAGCUGCAAUUAAACGAAUGAAUUUGGAUUUUGGUGAUGAGCAGGACACUUCAGAGGAGAAAGUUGGCGAGGAUGAAACUGAAAAUGGGAAUGAUUUAGAUGACGAUGCUGCAGAUGAUGGCCAAAAUGAGGAAGAGGGUGAUGCUGAAGAUGAGGGUGAUGGAGAGGCUGAGGGUGAAGAUGAAGGAGAAGAUGAUGGUGAUGACGAGGAGGGUGAAGAAGAGCAGGAAGGAAGGAGGCGAUAUGAUCUUCGAAAUCGUGCUGAUGUACGCAGGCUUUCUAUGGAUGAGAGCAAGCAAAGAGCUAGAUCUCCUCGGAGGGUUUUGCAUCAAGGAAUGGGGACUAAGGUCAGCAGGGAUGUUAGGAAGGGUGGAUCACGAGUUCAUAAGCGUCAUCGUCUAGCAAGAGCCGAGGAUUCUGAUGAUUCUCUUCUUGUGGAUGAGCUGGAUCAGGGGCCUGCUAUUCCCUGGGGUCGAGGUGGGAGCAGAUCUGGACCACCUUGGCUGUUUGGGGGACUAGACAUGCAUGGGACAACACCAUGGGGAUUAAAUGUUGCUGCAUCUGGUUGGGGCCAUCAAAGUGAUGCUUUUGCUACAUUGACUUCUGGGAUUCAGACUGCUGGACCAAGUUCUAAAGGAGGGGCAGAUAUUCAACCCUUACAGGUUGAUGAGAGUGUAAGCUUUGAUGAAAUAGGCGGGCUUUCUGAAUAUAUUGAUGCUUUAAAGGAAAUGGUUUUCUUUCCCUUGUUGUAUCCAGAUUUCUUUGCAAGUUAUCACAUCACCCCACCUAGGGGUGUCUUGUUGUGUGGUCCUCCUGGCACAGGUAAGACAUUGAUUGCCAGAGCAUUAGCAUGUGCUGCUUCAAAGGCAGGUCAGAAAGUCAGUUUUUACAUGCGAAAGGGUGCUGAUGUGCUUAGCAAGUGGGUUGGUGAGGCUGAAAGACAAUUGAAACUUCUUUUUGAGGAGGCACAAAGGAAUCAGCCUUCCAUCAUUUUCUUUGAUGAGAUAGAUGGUCUUGCUCCUGUGAGGUCUAGCAAACAAGAGCAGAUUCACAAUUCAAUCGUCUCCACUUUGCUUGCCCUCAUGGAUGGUCUUGAUUCUCGUGGACAAGUUGUUUUGAUUGGAGCAACCAACAGGAUUGAUGCUAUUGAUGGAGCCUUAAGGCGCCCUGGGCGAUUUGAUCGUGAAUUCAAUUUUCCUUUGCCUGGCUGUGAAGCACGUGCUGAAAUAUUAGAUAUUCACACUCGGAAGUGGAGGCAACCUCCUUCUAAGGAACUUAAAAUGGAACUUGCAGCUAGUUGUGUGGGAUAUUGCGGUGCAGAUUUGAAGGCCCUAUGCACUGAAGCUGCCAUUCGUGCAUUUCGUGAAAAAUAUCCUCAAGUGUACACUAGUGAUGAUAAAUUUUUGAUAGAUGUUGACUCGGUGAAGGUUGAAAAGUAUCACUUUGUAGAGGCCAUGUCAACAAUUACUCCCGCUGCUCACAGAGGUUCCAUUGUUCACUCUAGGCCAUUGUCUUUGGUAGUUGCACCGUGCCUGCAAAGACAUCUCCAGAAAGCCAUGAACUAUAUAUCUGACAUAUUUCCUCCCCUAACAGUGUCAUCUGAGUUGACUAAGCUUUCUAUGCUCUCAUAUGGAUCUGCAAUUCCUCUUGUUUAUAGGCCUCGGCUUCUGUUGUGUGGUGGUGAUGGUUCUGGCUUGGAUCAUCUUGGACCUGCAAUUUUACAUGAGCUAGAGAAAUUUCCUGUACAUUCUCUUGGUCUUCCAUCACUUCUUUCGGAUCCUAGUGCAAAGACACCAGAGGAAGCACUGGUUCAUAUAUUUGGCGAAGCAAGAAGAACAACACCAUCUAUACUCUAUAUACCCCAGUUUAAUCUAUGGUGGGAUAACGCACAUGAACAGCUAAGGGCCGUACUGCUUACUCUUUUAGAAGAGUUGCCUUCGGACUUACCUAUAUUGUUACUUGGAACAUCCUCAAUUUUACUAGCUGAAUUUGACGGGAAUCCAUAUUCAGUAUUUCCUCAGCGUAGUGUCUAUCAAGUGGACAAACCAUCAACUGAAGACAGAUCUUUGUUUUUUGACCGUUUAAUUGAAGCUGCUUUGUCAGUCUUGUUGGAGGCUGUGACCAAAAAGUCCCGGGAAUCAGAAUCUCUUCCUGAACUUCCCAAGGUGCCAAAAGUGGCAAGUGGACCAAAGGUCUCAGAAUUGAAGGCCAAAGUAGAAGCUGAGCAACAUGCUCUUCGCCGGUUACGGAUGUGCCUUAGAGAUGUUUGCAACCGGAUAUUUUACGAUAAAAGAUUUAGUGUCUUUCAUUACCCAGUCACUGAUGAGGACGCACCAAACUACCGCUCAAUAAUCCAGAACCCUAUGGAUGUGGCUACUCUAUUGCAGCGGGUUGACUCUGGGCAAUAUCUUACCUGUGCAGCUUUUCUGCAAGAUGUUGAUCUGAUUGUAACCAAUGCAAAGGCUUAUAACGGAGAUGAUUAUAAUGGUGCUAGGAUUGUUAGUAGAGCUUAUGAACUACGGGAUGCAGUACAUGGGAUGCUGUCACAGAUGGACCCUGCACUGGUUGCUUAUUGUGACAAAAUAGCUGUCCAAGGGGGUCCAGCACAUAUGCCAGAUGAUAUAGGGGUGUCUACUCUCCCCUUGCUACCUGUUGUGCAGCUUGGAACUGUCACUCGAGCAAGUGCCCGACUUCGGAAUGUCCAGCCAGAGGUCAAUCUUCAAAGUUAUGAGGCUUUGAAAAGGCCAAAGAAGAAUGUUGAUACUGUCCUUGCAGAGGAAAAAUCAAGGAUCAUAGAUUCAGUACAAACCAAGUCAUCUGAAGCCCUGGAGGCAAACGAGAUAAACUGUGAGAGGCCUGAAUCUACUUGUGGUGAUGGCAACCAGCAAGAAAGUUGUACAGAAGCUUCUGAUCUGAUAAAUGGGAGUGGAUCCGAGGACAUUAGAAUGGCAGAUGACGAGAUUUCAAACCAAGUGGAAUCUGCCAAGCAACUGUUUGUGGAGCGAACCAAAAGCUACAGUAUUCCUCAGCUGGAAAGGCUGUACACUCGUAUUAUGAAAGGGAUUUUUGAAACCAGGGACAAAGGAGUUGAAGAUGAUCCCAAGCCUUCAAUUUUGAAGUUCUUAUUGAAAUUUGCUGAGGAUGAGGCCAAUUUCUGAUCUCAAAUGCCUCUCCUCACAGAGAAAGAAAAACAAAACAAAAAAAACCAAAAAAAAAAAAGGAAGAAGAANAAAAAAAAAGGAAGAGAAGGAAACAAAAAGGAAACCCUUUAGGUAGCUGUAAAGUCGGGAUUUUCUUUUCUUUUUCAAUUCAUAUUAUUGAGUGAAGGCAAUCUGUGUGUGUCUCUUUGGGUGCGUGUGGUAUAUGGUGUGCGCUCAAGCAGACAUGCUUGUUAGGAAUACAAGCCAUGAUUCAAUUUCCAUCUUCA